UUGGAAUUGUUUGUAUACAUAAACGCUCCUAAAUCAGACUGUCUCGCAAGCUUCAGAAAGCAACACGUUAUUUUAUGAAAGACAUGUCUUAAUGUAUUUCAUACCUAUAGCGCCCGGCUGUGGAGAACGUCCUCAUUCUUGCCCCAGGCAGUUGAAGCAUGCCGGCGGUAGUAACGUUAGUAUGCAGCCGAACAUAGUGAGAAGAAAUGCCGGAGUCUGGCCUCAGACAAGAAGCCUUCUUUACAAGAAUCUGCUCAUCAAAUGGAGGACCAAACAACAGAGCCUGCAGGAGCUGGUCCUUCCCUUGUUGUUGCUUGGCCUGCUGAUCCUCAUCAGCGAGCUGAGCCCCCAUGUCUAUUAUGGAGGCAUCAGCACCAUGGAGCUGGAGAGGGAGGAGUUCCCCCUCCUCAAGGGCCUGGGAUACACCCCCAUCAACAACGCCACCAGUCACAUCAUGGAUGAAGUGGCCCAGGAAAUGCGUAUGCAGGAUCGGCUGGAGAUGUUCUCUAGUGAGGAAGACUUGGAGAAUGCCAGUUUGUAUGAUCCGUCAGGUUAUGUGGGGGUGGUUUUCAUGGGCAGCACGCCCACCUCCUACAAGCUACGCUUCCCUUACAACCAGCUGCCCCUGCCCAGUGACUAUACAGAGUCCAUUGCCAAUUGUUUCACCAACUCUGUGAACUGUCAAGCAGCAAACUACUGGUACUCUGGAUUUGUCCGCCUCCAGACUCUCAUUGAUGCCGCGAUCAUACAGAUGCAGACCAAGCGGUCAGUGUGGAGUGAGCUGGACCACCUGCGUGUGGUGAUGAUGGGUCAGCCUGGGUCAGUGGAGGUCCAGAAGUUUCCCCACGCCCUCAUCUCCAUCUACCUGGUGUUGGCCUUCACCCCCUUUGUCACCUUCCUCAUCGUCAAUGUGGCAGCAGAGAAGGAACACCGCCUCAAAGACACCAUGAGCAUGAUGGGCCUCUAUGACUCCGCCUUCUGGCUAUCGUGGGGUCUUCUGUAUGCAGCUCUGGUCACCACCAUGUCCAUCCUGAUGUCCAUCAUCGCCACGUACACAGCACUCUUCCCCAACAGUGACUUCAUCGUCAUCUUCCUCCUCAUCUUCCUCUACGGCAUAUCUUCUAUCUGCUUCUCCUUCAUGCUGACCCCUUUAUUUAAGAAGCCUAAGUUUGCCAGCACGGUGGGCUCCAUGCUGACCAUGGUGUUUGGCUGCCUGUCCCUGUUCACCGUCCUGAUGAAGGACUUUCCUCAGCCGCUGGUCUGGGUUCUCUGUCUGCUCUCCCCCAGCGCCUUCUCCAUCGGCAUCGCCCAGGUGGUCUACCUGGAGGCCCAGGGGGAUGGAGCCGUGUUCUCCACCCUGGCCAGCGGGCCGCACCCCCUCUACGCCCCCCUCCUCAUGCUGGUCCUGGACUGUAUCCUCUAUCUGCUGCUAGCGGUCUAUCUGGACCAGGUCCUUCCAGGUGAGUUUGGAAUGCGGCGCUCCCUGUUCUACUUCCUGAAGCCGUCCUAUUGGUCCAAGCGCAGUAAGCACUACGUGGAAGUGAGCUCUGUGUACGACACAGAGGUGAACGGGGUGCCGGGAGGGGCGGAGCCUGUGGAACCCAUCUCUCCGGAGUUCAGAGGGAAAGAAGCCAUCCGUAUUAACAACAUCCACAAGGUGUACCAGGAGAAGGAUGGAUCUGUGGAAGCUCUGAGGGGCUUGACCUUUGACAUCUACGAGGGUCAGAUCACAGCGCUGCUGGGUCACAGCGGCGCGGGGAAAUCCACUUUGAUGAACAUCCUGUGUGGGAUAUGCCCUCAGAGCGAUGGCCACGCCUCCAUCUACGGUUCCCCAGUGACGGAGAUCGCCGAUGGGGCGGAGAUGAGACAGCUGGUGGGCAUCUGCCCCCAGUUCAACAUCGUCUUUGAUGUGCUGACGGUUGAGGAGCACCUCAGGAUAUUUGCUGCCAUUAAAGGGAUCCGCCCCGAGGAUGUUAACAGUGAGGUGACCAAGGUGCUAAAGGAUCUGGAUCUUGAGAAAAUCAUGUCGGCCCAGGCGAAGAACCUGAGUGGAGGCCAGAAGAGGAAGCUGUCCAUCGGCAUAGCGAUCCUGGGUGAUCCCAAGAUCCUGCUUCUGGACGAGCCCACAGCAGGUAUGGAUCCUUGCUCCAGACACCAGGUGUGGUCUCUGCUGAAGAAUCGUAAAGCGGGCCGAGUCAUUGUUCUGACCACUCACUACAUGGAUGAGGCUGACAUCCUGGCUGACCGUAAAGCUGUGAUCUCUCACGGCCAACUCAAGUGUGUUGGUUCGUCGCUGUAUCUCAAGACCAAGUGUGGAGUGGGAUAUCACCUCCGAAUGUCUGUAGGUGGAGGAUAUGAUGCGGGUGGUGUGACUUCACUGGUGAAGCAUCAUGUCCCCAAGGCACAGUUGUCACGCCAGCAAGAGGCGGAGUUGACUUUCACCCUUCCAUUUGAAAGCAUGGACUCUUUCUCAGGGCUGUUCUCAGAGCUGGAUCGCAGGCCAGACCUGGGCAUCGUUAACUACGGGGUGUCCAUGACAACGCUGGAGGACGUGUUUCUGCGUCUGGAGGCUGAAGCGGAGGUGGAUCAGGCUGAUUACAGUGUCUUCAACCAGGAGCAGGGGGAGGAUGAGGCAGACACGUCAUCCCUGGACGACACCGACCAGAGACUGCUGACCUUUGCAGACACCAAGCCAGUUGGUGUCCACGGUCAUGCUCUGUGGAGGCAGCAGUUCAGCACCGUGGCCUGGCUUCACAUGCUCAACAUGAAGAGGGAGAGGAAGGCCUUUGUCUACACUUUUGUGUUGUUCCUGGUCUACCUGGGUGCUGUGCUUGUGUUGUCUCUAGCCACUGGGAACAUCCAGAUCCACGCUCCAGAACUCCAGUUUGGCCCAGACUACUUACUGAGGCCAAACCAGUCUCCCCGGAAGUACACCACCAGUCUGUUGGUUCAGAACUCAUCAGGCUCUGACAUCUCUGACUUUAUCCGUAACCUGGAAGCUCAGAACAUCAAGGUGGAGAUGAUGAGGAAGUUGGACUACAUGUCCUGUGCUCCUCACAGCGCCGCCAUCAACGUCACUGGUUCCAUCAAGGGCUUCAGGUACAGUGUUGCGUUCAACAGCACUACGGUCCACUCUCUGCCCAUGGCGGUCAAUAUCCUGAGUAACGCCAUCCUACGAGGCCUGAACGGCACUGAACAGAUCCACACAUGGACUAAGCCCUUCGACUACCAAAUUCCAGAUGCCACUUCCUUCACCCUGGUGUACAUCGAGGCUAUCUUACUGGGGAUGCUCGCUGCCGGGAUGCCUGCCUACUUUGCCAUGGACCACACCCGAGACCGAGAGAUUAAGUGUCGCUCCACGCUGAGGAUCUCUGGCCUGGUUCCGUCUGCAUACUGGUGUGGUUUGGCCGCGGUGGACAUCCCGUUCUACUAUCUCAUACUGACCUCCAUGACCACGGUUCUCUUCUCCUUCCACACCACCAACAUGCUCACCUCAAGCAACCUCACGGCCGUGAUCCUGUGUUUGAUGGGGUUCGGUCCAGCUAUGAUCCUGUUCACCUACGUGGUCUCCUUCAUGUUCACACGUGUCCAGAGCAACAGAGACUUCUUCUCUGUGGUUUCCAUGAUGGUGUGUGUGGUGUCGGCCUCCAUGGUCCAGUUGUCCUUUGUAAACGACAGCCCGGUGUUGACAAGGAUUCUGCACAACGUCCUGUGUUUCUUCAACCCCCUCUACCCCCUGAUGGGUUGCCUCAACGCCAUCACCAAGGCCACCUUCCUGCCAAGCCUCUACGAGGAGAACUACCUGUGGAAGACCCUGGUCAUUGCCGUCUUAUCGCCCUAUCUGCAGUGCGUCAUGCUUCUCUUCCUGCUUCGCUGGCUGGAGAUGCGCUGUGGAGGGAGGACCAUGAAGAACGACCCGUUCUGCAGGAUCUCUUCGAAAGCAAAGCCCAAAAUCGAGCGGAACCCGGAGGAGGCUGUCAGUGACGAUGAGGAUGUUCAGAUGGAGAGAACUCGGGUGAAGGAGGCGCUCAUCUGUCAGUCCUGUGAAGAGAAACCGAUAAUGGUGGUGAGUGAUUUAACGAAGCAGUACAAAUGUCGACGGGAAGGAAUCUCCCUGAAGAAGAAGAGGAUUUUGGCCACCAACAACAUCUCCUUCUGUGUCCGGAAAGGUGAGGUGCUUGGCCUGCUGGGACCCAACGGAGCGGGAAAGAGUACCAUCAUGCAUAUGCUGUCCGCAGACACGGACCCCACCACUGGACAGGUCCUGAUGGGGUGCUACAGUACGGAGGGCCGUCCAGUAGACAACCCCCUGGAACAUGUGGGGUACUGUCCCCAGGUUAGCCCCCUCUGGCCUCGCAUCACUCUGAUGGAGCACCUGGAGGUCUAUGCUGCUGUCAAGGGGCUCCAUGGACAGGACGUCCCUGGGAUUAUCAAACGUGUGGUGAAUGCUUUGGAGCUAAAGGACCAUCUCCACAAGAAGGCCAAAGAUCUCUCUGCUGGCAUCAAGAGGAAGCUGUGCUUCGCCCUCAGCAUGUUGGGGAACCCCCAGAUUGUCCUUCUGGAUGAGCCCUCAACAGGCAUGGACCCCAAGUCCAAACAACGCAUGUGGAGGUCCAUCCGGGCUGCAUUUAAGAACCGCCAGCGUGGGGCCGUCCUGACCACCCACUACAUGGAGGAGGCUGAAGCUGUGUGUGACCGAGUGGCCAUCAUGGUUUCUGGCCGGCUCCGGUGUAUUGGUUCUAUCCAGCACCUUAAGGGGAAGUAUGGGCGUGGCUACAGCCUGGAGAUCAAGUUGAGGGAGGAGCUGGCUGGACUCCAGCCGGUGACCGUGCUACACAACGAGAUACUGCAAAUCUUUCCUCAUGCUGCUCGACAGGAGAGCUUUGCCACUCUGAUGGUUUAUAAGAUCCCCAGGGAAGACGUCACAUCACUGGCCAAGUCCUUCGCUCAGCUGGAGAGUGCUAAGCAAUCCUUCAAUUUUGAAGAGUACAACUUUUCCCAGUCUACCUUGGAGCAGGUGUUCAUGGAGUUUGCCAAGGAGCAGGAGAAUGAGGAAGAUGAGAUGGGGUCCCUUAGCACCACUUUCCAAUGGCAGCGGCUCCGCCAGCACGACCCAGUGCCGGGCCAGCACGACCCAGUGCCGGGCCAGCACGACCCAGUGCCGGGCCAGCACGACCCAGUGCCGGGCCAGCACGACCCAGUGCCGGGCCAGCACGACAGCAUCGUCCACCAGCUAUGAGCCCCCCCCCCCCCCCCCCUUGGGCCACCAGACUGACCCCCCAGGACGGAGUGGCUGUGAACUGAAUGUCAAUGACACCGGCCUUGCCCGCCCUAACUAACGGGCAAACACACCAUCACUGUCUGAGACUUGUGGUUCUGCUCCUUCUCCUGGGUCUUUUGGGAGGUGUUACCCUGGUCUGAUCCCCAGGUGCUGUGUGGUUUCAUCAAACUUCACACUGAGGGUUGCCUCAUUCAACCAAAUCAUUCAACCAAAUCAUUCAACCAAAUCAUUCAACCAAAUCAUUCAACCAAAUCUCAUUCAACCAAAUCAUUCAACCAAAUCAUUCAACCAAAUCAUUCAACCAAAUCAUUCAACCAAAUCAUUCAACCAAAUCAUUCAACCAAAUCAUUCAACCAAACCCCCUCCUUUGAUCAUGCCAACUGGGAGUUGGUAGGUUUCUAUUAUUUGUUGUUUCCUCUGUACAUUUUCUUACGUGGGGUGACCUCAUCCCCGGGAAAUUGUCUGGGAAGGUCUGGUGAAUGAGAGGCAAUGCAGAAUAACACAUUUGCUUGGGUCUUUUAAUGUGGGUUCUACUGUGUUGGUGAAGCUGUAUGUGUGUUUUAUAACACCGGUCCAAAUCUGGGUCCAGAGCCACCAGUACCAAAGCAGCCCAUCUUCUGAACCAGUCACUCAGUCCUUACCUGACACCUAACCCUAAACCCAUACAACACAGAGGUGCUUCAGUGUCUGUACCCUGAUGUGGACUACAUUAGCCUCCUAGUUUUGCUGAUUAAUGGUUUCCUAGUGACUUUAGACUGACAGCUCUACUAACCGGCCAAUCUGGGUCCAGAGCCUCUGUCCCUUUCCUGAUUGGCCCUCCACUGGCUGACCGUCUGUUCAUUACAUGUACUACUGAACAGAAGUAGAGUCAUAUUUUAUAUAUAUAUAAUUAAUAUUUGUGGACAGUGUCAUUCAUGCUUCAGCCUGUGGCCUCCUGUACACCAGCAUGCAUUGGUCAUUCCCACUUUAAAAGAAGAAUGGAUAAAUAACACCAAGAUGGUCUGUCUUUGCAUUGAUGCUUAAAUAAAGCAAGUAGGGGUUUCAAGGAUUUGCAUUUCCUCAUCCAGAGCGACGUACAGGAAGUCACUCAUCUGAAGGCAGCUGGGUGGACAGACACACAUCCAUAGUAGUCAGUACACCAACUCAAUGAAAUAAUCACUGACGGAACAAGUGUCUGUUGUGCAGGGUUCAGGAUGAGUCAUUGAACUAUGCAGAGGCCUUCCUCUACACACUCCUGUUUCCAUUCUUGGGAGUGUAGCGUCCAUUUAAAGUACAUCAGUACAUGUAGCAGGCUUCACCUAACAUUGGUUUUGGUGCCCUGUCACCAACAACAGAAUUUAGUUUCAUUUAUUUCACUGUUGUUUGACCAGGUGUGGCCGUUGGGAAUAAUUUCUGAUUUACUACAGUGAUCUGACGCCAGGGGGUAGUAAAAGACAGAGGUUUUGAAUGAGUUAGAUGUGACUGGUGUAGUUUCAGAGUCUCUCCUUCCUGACAGAGAACAAGAAAGAAUGUCUGACAUUUACCACAGCACAGGUUAAUGACCAGUGUGUGAUAUUAACUACAGUCCUGGUUAAUGACCACUGUCUGACAUUUACCACAGCACAGGUUAAUGACCAGUGUCUGAUAUUAACUACAGUCCUGGUUAAUGACCACUGUCUGACAUUUACCACAGCACAGGUUAAUGACCAGUGUGUGAUAUUAACUACAGUCCUGGUUAAUGACCACUGUCUGACAUUUACCACAGCACAGGUUAAUGACCAGUGUGUGAUAUUAACUACAGUCCUGGUUAAUGACCACUGUCUGACAUUUACCACAGCACAGGUUAAUGACCACUGUCUGACAUUUACCACAGCACAGGUUAAUGACCAGUGUCUGAUACACUCACCUAAAGGAUUAUUAGGAACACCUGUUCAAUUUCUCAUUUAUGCAAUUAUCUAAUCAACCAAUCAC